GGAGGAAGGGGUUUUUCCUCACACACUUAGAAAAGCGCGGGAAAGCGGCUUUUUCCCCUCAUACACUUAGACAAGCCGGGAAACGUGGAUCCACUUGAAAGCCAAGAAUUGUUUGGGUUUGUCCGGCUAUGGUGCAGCUGCUGGUCGCCCCCAGGUCAGAUGGGGACGCAGGCCUUCCAGAAUGGGUCCUGAUGGAGCUGCAAGGGGAGCUGGAGGCCCGCUCUGGGGCAGGGCUGGAGGAGAAACUCCUGGGGGACCUCCACUACACCAAGGAGGGCACUCCGGUGCUCAUUGUGGGGCACCACAUCCUCUACGGGAAGGUCGUUCGCCUGGAGAAGCCCUUUGCCGUCCUGACAAAGCCGGGUGAAGCAAGCGGCUAUUCCGUGACCGCCCUCAUCAAGAAGAAGCUCCUCUUCAAAACACGGCCAAAGCCCAUCAUCACCAAUGUGGCCAAGAAGGCCUGAAGCAGCACGUUCUUAUCACGAACUGAGUCUCCAAAUCAAGGAGCACAAGGGAAUGGAGCUUCUUGUUUGCUGCCCUCCGUCCCCGGAUCAUGCUAGUAAAGCUGGGAGGAAGCGAACCCCAAAGGACACCGUCUUAUUUCCAAGGACUUUUAUUAACCGUAACAAAGGCAUUGUCGUAAAAAAACAAACGGACUCAAACCUUGCCCUCCCUUUAAAAAAAGUACAAAAAGAACACAGGUUAAAAAAUAAAUACGUUCUUACAAAUAA